UGGAAUUUAGAAGGUACGUACAAAAGUCAAAAUAUUGACUCACACUGGUUAACUCACUCUGGUUAACUCACUGAUUCAGCAGAGACUUACAGUUACAGAGCAACGCAGAAAUGGCGACGACAGUGAUCCACAAUGCAACCGUUGUCACAAUGGACGCAGAAACUCGAGUUUUCCAAAACGGCGCCGUAGUUAUCCAACAAGAUAAAAUCCAAGCCGUCGGUCAAACUUCCGACAUUCUAGCUGAAUUUUCCGGUACCGCCGAUCACAUCGUCAACCUCAACGGCAACUUCUUACUUCCUGGAUUGAUUAACACGCAUGUACAUACGUCGCAACAGCUAGGUAGAGGAAUAGCUGAUGAUGUGGAUUUGAUGACGUGGCUGCAUAAUAGGAUUUGGCCUUAUGAAGCUAAUAUGACUGAGCAUGAUUCUUAUGUUUCUAGUUUGCUUUGUGGAAUUGAACUCAUUCAUUCUGGUGUUACUUGUUUUGCGGAGGCAGGAGGGCAGCAUGUGUCAGGAAUGGCUAGAGCUGUUGAGGAAUUAGGGUUACGAGCUUGUUUGACUCAGUCUAUUAUGGACUGUGGUGACGGUUUGCCGACAUCUUGGGCUAAUCGGACUACCGAUGAUUGUAUUCAGUCUCAAAAGGAGCUUUAUCAGAAGUAUCAUAAUACCGCGGAUGGGAGGGUUCGUGUAUGGUUUGGAAUUAGACAAAUUAUGAACUCAACUGAUCGUUUACUACUUGAAACAAGAGAUAUGGCUAGGGAACUGAAUACUGGAAUCCAUAUGCAUGUCUCAGAAAUAGCAUAUGAGAAUAAAGUUGUGAUGGAUACACGAAAAGUUGAAUACGGGACGGUUACAUUCUUGGAGAAAAUAGAUUUUCUGCAGAAGAACUUAUUAGCUGCUCACACUGUUUGGGUCAACAAUGCUGAGAUUGGUUUUCUUUCAAGAGCUGGGGUCAAAGUAUCUCACUGUCCUGCUUCGGCAAUGCGAAUGCUUGGAUUUGCACCCAUUAAGGAGAUGCUUGAUUCUGGCAUUUGUGUCUCUAUUGGAACAGAUGGAGCACCAUCAAAUAAUAGAAUGAGCAUGGUGGAUGAGAUGUAUCUGGCUUCUUUGAUCAACAAAGGAAGGGAAGUUUUUGCAAAUGGAACAACAAAUCCUACAGCUCUCCCAGCAGAAAAAAUUCUCCGUAUGGUGACCGUAAAUGGUGCAAAAACAGUACUCUGGGAUGAUGAAAUUGGAUCAAUUGAGGUUGGGAAAAAGGCUGACAUGAUUGUGAUUAAUCCGAAUACCUGGUCUAUGGUUCCUGUUCAUGACUGCAUAUCAAGCCUUGUUUACAGCAUGCGCACUGAGAAUAUUGUUUCCGUAAUGUGCAAUGGCAAGUGGAUUAUGAAGGACAGGAAGAUUUUGAAUGUCGAUGAGGAAAAAGUACUUUCGAUGGCAAAGGAAGCUUCUAGUAAGCUUUUGAAGAGGGCUGGCAUCAUCAUCCCUAACAGAAUGAAGAUCCUCUAAUCAUAGUCUGAAGCUUAAACCUGUCUAAUCCUGUCUUUAAACUUGCGUAAAUUGAACGCUUUUUUAGUUACCACCUAUGAUCCAAUUUUACAGCUAAUUGACUUAUAAUAAGAAGUAUUAUUGUUAAUUAUUUAAAAAAAUUAAAAUUACUUGAUCAUAACAUUUCAAUUCA